CUUUUAAAACACUACAAGGACACGCUUAUGGCAAAUAAUAACUUCUAAAUUUUAUAUUUUAUAUUAAAAAUGGAUAGUUCUAGCGACGUGAUUUAUUCUGAUGAUGAAGACGACUCAUACAAUACCCCUAAGAAUAAAAACAAGGACUCUUCAGAAGGUGACCUAGUUAUAGAUGAAUCAGGUGAAGCGACCAACAGGCUUUCCUUCUCAUACGUAGAGAAAUCUAGAGCGAAUCGCGAGAGUAACAUUUUUCCCAUUAAGAAAUCAGCUAGGCCUAUACUCACAGACAGCGAUACAGAUUGUGAAGGAAGUACUCAGAAUAUUUCGAAUAACAGUACAAAUAAAUUGGAGGUGCCUGAAAGAAGCGUAAACAAAUCAAAAGUGAGAUCUCCAAGUUUACUAGCUUCACGAACAAGCCAAAAAGAUUCCCUUAAUGAAGAGAGUUCAGAUGAAGAGGAAGAAAUGCUUGAAAAGAGAUCAAGCUAUGUGUCGAAUACAAAACCAACAAGGAGAAAAUCUUCGAUUUAUGAGCCCGACAGUGAUCAUGGUGUUGAAAACGAAGAUGAUUCAGACAGUGAUCAAGCUUUAAAGUCAAGAACAUCAUUUCAAAAUAAACUGGGAGAUUUCAAUUUUAAUUCAAUGGAUCGUCAAGCUGAUCUACAGAAGACCAAUAAUUCAAACCAUUCAGUUUCAAGAAGAGCUGAUCUAGAGUUGUCGACGAAUUCCUUGAAUUCUUCUGCCAAAGCAAGGAAUCACAGAUUCACUCAUCAGUUUGAAUUCAACACGGCAGGUAUUCUGAACAGUACGGCCAUACAGGAUCCGGAAAAGAGAACGAAGAACAAUUUGCAGACGAAUUUUGGAAGAGAAGAUGUCAGUGUAGAAAUUCUGAGUGGCAACGAAAGUGACAUUGUAGAGAUCAGCAGCGGUGAAAUAUCUGACUCAGCAAGCAUCGAGCCGGUUUCAACUCCUAUAAAAGUGCGCAAACCGAAAAAAGCAUCGAAACAACAAACAUUAUACCCUUUUAUCGUUAAAAACCAACCAGAAAGUCCAGAAGAGUUAAAAGAAGCAUCAAUACAAUCUCUAGAGAGUUCUUCCAAGCUCGACGUAACUCCCAGCGAAUACUCCAUACAAAAAAACGUCGUGACAAGCCUGGAAUCGGAACUGAACAAAAUGGGCAACAUGCUGAGAACGAUUAAUAUAUCAGCACUUCCUGACGGUGGCGCAUUGCUGAAGCAGCGAUAUGAUCAGGCCCGUAACAAUCUGGAAGAACAAAGAGUCAUACUGACUCAGAUGGCCAUAACGAAAGAGGACGUCGAAGUGCCGAAAAACGUUUUUGCCAAUUUGGCAUGGGAUGAUUUGCAGGCUGGAGCCAAUGCGGUACAGCCGAAAACUUUUGGAAAAAGAGCAAUGAAUACGUACAACGUUCAGAAAGCAAUUACUCUAGAUAGAUUGCAACAACUACACGGUGCAAUAGAAACCUGUCCAAAAGAGGAAGAUUUUGCUGAGGAUCCUCGUGGCUUGAAAGUUGAACUAAUGUCGCAUCAAAAACGCGCUUUGGCAUGGCUGAUGUUCAGAGAGAAGGAAAAACCUUCUGGUGGCAUUUUGGCAGACGAUAUGGGCCUUGGAAAAACUCUGACCAUGUUAUCGCUAAUUGUAAAAUGCAAAAGCGAAGAACAGUCAGAUUCGGACGAGGAAAACGAAUAUGUGGGGAAAAAUAUGAAAUAUAAAGGAGGAAGCCUGAUCGUAUGCCCGGCCAGUUUGAUUAAUCAGUGGUCAGGCGAGAUUGACAGGCGUCUAAAACGGGGAUUGCUGUCGUACAUGCUUUUUCACGGCCCCAAACGUGAAACUAAGAUCAAGAAAAUUGCUGAGUAUGAUGUGGUCAUUACCACUUACUCUAUUGUGAACAACGAGGCAGACAAAGAAAGCGCUCUUUUUAAAAUAAAAUGGAGGCGAAUUAUUUUAGAUGAGGCUCAUCAAAUUCGAAAUUACAAGUCUCAAACUUCCGAAGCGUGUUGUCGAUUGUCAGCACAGUCAAGAUGGGCUCUGACAGGAACUCCCAUGCACAAUAAAGAACUGGACAUGUAUGCUUUGCUCAAAUAUUUAAGGUGUUCGCCAUUUGAUGAUCUUCAGGUGUGGAAAAGAUGGGUUGGCGACAAAUCUACAGGGGGUUUAGAGCGACUUCACACCGUAAUUUCGUCCCUGAUGCUGAGAAGAACCAAAGUCGAACUAAUGGAAAAAGGCUCUUUGUUAAUGAUGCCCGAGAAAAAAUGGGAAUUAAUCAACGUGUCUCUGGACAAGGACGAGCUGAGAGUGUACCACAAAGUCCUCAUAUUCUCUCAAACGCUGUUCGCCCAGUUUUUGCACCAGAGGGCCGAAAAAAAUCAGGCCUUUGUCGAUCAGAAAUACACGGACUUGCCUGGUAAAGACCCAAACGGAGAGUAUGCGAAAGCGUUGAAAAUCCUGAGGAUGAACAAAGUGAAAACAGUGAGUCAGCACGAAAUUCUGGUUCUGCUUUUGAGGUUGAGGCAGAUUUGCUGUCAUCCGUCAUUGAUCACCGCGAUGCUGCAAGAAGGUAGGGAAGAUCUGGGCGACGAUGACGAAAAACUGGAAGAAAUGAAUCUGCUGGAACAGUUGAGCAAGAUGAAUUUAGAAGACGACGCCGACGUAGACGAGCACAAAUCAGACGGAUACCUGGAUGGGAUACGGGAAGAGAAAAUAACAUUGAAAGAAGCGUCCAGGGGUCAUCUGAACCCUUCUGAUCCAGUUUUUGCCAGUGACAGACCCAGCAGUAAGGUGAAAGCUCUGUUGAAGCUGUUAGAAGAAAGAGUACUGGACACUGAAGAUAAGGCCAUCAUUGUAUCACAGUGGUCGUCAUAUUUAAAUUUAAUUUCGGUUCAUUUGAAGCGCUUUGGAAUCGAAUUCAGCCAACUGGAUGGAAAGGUUCCGGUGAACAAACGAAUCGACAUAAUCGACCGUUUCAACAAUCCUAAACACAAAAUGAAGGUAUUACUUCUCUCCCUAACAGCAGGUGGCGUAGGUUUAAACUUAGUCGGAGGAAAUCACUUGUUCCUUCUUGAUCUCCACUGGAACCCGCAGUUAGAAAACCAAGCUCAAGAUCGUAUAUACAGGGUGGGCCAGACGAAACCAGUCUUCAUCUAUAAAUUGAUGGCGCUCGACACGAUCGAGGAAAGAAUUAAAGCACUGCAAGAGCGAAAAUUGAGCAUGGCCGAGGGCGUUCUGACAGGCACCAAACAGGUCGUUCAGAGCAAACUCACUAUGGAGGACCUGAGAAUGAUUUUCGGAAUGUAACCGCCAUUUUGUGAUAUAUUUUCGUAUUAACAGGACGUGAAAAAAGGUGGGAGCAUUUGCUGCAAACGAAAUUCUGUAUAAACUCUUUUUUAAUUUAAAAACUUCUCCAAUUGUUGUGAACUUUUUGCCACGCCCUGUAUAUAGAUAUAAAUAUUAUUUGUACAUAUACCUUUAUAGAUUUUAGUAGAUUUAUUGUAUACUUUAUAUAUUUUUUACUGAAUAAGAUAUUGAUUUGUUCCAAAUACCUCGUAGUUUUAUCUGUCUAAAGUUUUUUGAAGUUUAUUUUUUAUAUGUUGAGACGUUUUCUCGGUAUUUUUAUGUGUUCAAACAAUUUUUUCUGCCAUUUUUAUAAGUUCAAACGCAAUUUUAGGUUUAGGAAAAGAAAAAAAUAAACAGCAGGUUCACAGCAAUUUAAUUUAUUAUUUCUUUUUUUAGUCCCUACGUUUACAAUUUCUUGUGUACAUAUAUAACUAACAGUUAAGACCAUUGGAUAGUCGAAAAACGAGUACAAACAGUUUUUUACAUUAUGUUAAGCCCUCUACAACACUAUAUAAGAACUGCUCAGGUUCGUAUAACGGAAAAAAAGCAUUAAAGUAUCGAAAAAAAAGUAUAAGCCUUCAAAAAUCAACUGGGAAUCGUUUUAUGUCACAAAUACGAAAAACAAAUAGAUAGUGUAACAAAUUAACAAUUUAUUACGCAGUGUAACAAUUUCAAUUUGUUACUUUCAUUAUAAAAUAUUUAUUAGUUAAGAAUUCACUACCUUUCGACGCACUGGUGUAUUUUUUUGCCGUUUUCGAAAAGAAAUAGUCGAUCUAUAUAAUUUAACGUCGAUGGCUUGAAGUGAUUAGGAAAUCUAUAUUUUAUAUAUAUAUAUCUAUGGUUUAAUUAUUUUUUAGAUCUCUUAAAACAAGUUAGUUUUAAAGAUUCUUCUUAAAUAAUACUACAACACGGUCGAAAAAAAAAUCGGCGUCAUAGUAGCUUUUAAAAUCAUACAGAUAAAUAUAGUUACUCUUUUUUCAGAAAAGAUUCUUAUUUACCUUCUUCAAAAAAAACAUGAAUUUAAGUAACGAUCUCCGAGCUAAUCAAUUCGAAGGGGCUUCGACGUUUCUUUUUUUUCGAUUUUUUUUUUGAUUUAUGUCAAUGUCAUUCAUUACAAAACUCCUUAA